AUAAAAAGCUGUGACGUCUGAAAUCCCAUGAUGUUGGUGAUAACAAAUAUUGACUACAUCAUUGCAUAGAAGUAUUGGUACAGCCUUUGUCAAAGAUCUACUUCCUGGUGGGUACUAGGGCCAGAAUAUUUGCUGAAGAAGCUUUGAGUUUUGGCUGACUUAGCCAGUGACGAUGGAGAAAGAAGCACCACCCCCGAGCUAUGGGGCUGUGGACGGGCAACAGCAGCCACCAUAUCCACAACCAGGCAUGCCUUAUCCCCCUGCCCAGCCGGGCCCAACAGGGGCACCUCCAAUGUAUGAGCCUCCAAAAGACAGGGCACCCCCAGGGGCAGGAUAUCAACAACCUUACACCCAACAACCACAGCCAGCGCAGCAGACUAUAAUUAUUGCCAAUAUAACAUUUGGUCCUCAUCCCAUUACGAUGCAAUGCCCAUAUUGUGAGGCUCAUGUCACAACGACAGUUGCGUAUCAUGCCGGGGUUCUGGCGUGGUUGAUAUGCGGACUGCUCUGCCUAUUUGGAUGCUGGCUAGGAUGUUGCUUAAUUCCAUUCUGUGUGACAGACCUCCACGACUGCACGCACACGUGCCCGAAUUGUAAUCGUGUCCUGGGGCGUUACAAUCGUAUGUAAGACGAAAGAUCGACCAUCGGCAGCCGUCGAAGCAACGGAUUCGACCAAUGGCAGCCACAGCAGCAACGGAUCGAUUGAGGAAAUACAACGCCAUGAAUUGUAUUCUCUAAAAGCCAUGGAACGUCUUAUUCAAUUAAGUGAAUGCCCAUUAAAAAACCUAUGAGGCCGUUAUCUGCAAAACAAGGAAUGGCUCCAACCUCAAAUUUGGCAUUCACUUCGUUUUAAAAGAGUUUUAAUUGCUUUGAAUAGUUGUACAAAUGUAAAUGAUUACAAAGAGUGAUGAUAUAUCUAUACUGUAUUUUAGAAAUAUUCAAGAAUGGGGUGUGUGGGGGGGGGUCUGUUGAGUGCUGUCCUUUUUGAUGUAACAUUUAUUUUUCAAACAUCUUCCAGAAAUCCAGUGUGUUCCAAUGUGUGUCUCUAUUCAUUUUUUUUCCAAUCUGAUUCCACCAAACACGAUCCAGUCAACAAAAGGUGUUAUUACAUGACCGCUGUGAAUCCUUGCGCCUGAUUGGACCAACAACAUCAUGUGACCGAUCAAUAAAAAUUGACGUUUCUUGGUGACGUCACGUCCGCGAGCAACACUGAACUUUCAAAAAUCAUGAAUUUAUAUGCAGUGGCUUGUCGGUAAUUCGCAGUGGUCAUGUAGUAAAGAAAAUAUAGCCCUUUUUCUCAGGCAAUAUGAGUUUUUCUGUCCCAUGAAAUUUGACAUUGCCCUCAAAAUGGGCUAUAUUCGAUGAUUACCAUAUUUGGCAGGGAAAUACAUUUGCCAGUCCAUUUACACCUGAAUUUGUUACCAAGUAACGUUUGAGAUACAGUGGAACCUCCCUUAGUGGAUACCCAUUGGUGGACACCUGUAUGUAGGACACCCUCUGUAUAAAGGACAGUGAUUUUGGUCCCAAAUUGGUCAUUUCUAUACGAUUUGACCUUUGUAAUCAGGACAGCUCUCUAUUAAGGAGAGCAUGUCCCAAAAGUGUCCUUAGUAGAACGGUUCUACUGUAUUUAAGAUUUUCUUGUACCAGAUUUAGCAAACAAAGUGACUAUGCAGCCUCUUCCUCCUAAACAGAUUUUGACCUAUGUAACUUUGAGGUUUUACAAUUAAUUCGUGUCAUUGAUUAGCUGCUGAAAUAAGAUAAGUGUGGAGAAGUUGCUGUAUUUUAGAUUUAGAAUUAGAAUUAGAAGGUACGUCAUUCUUAAGCUGUUACUAUAAACUGGUCGAAAGUUGGCGAAGUUUUUAUUUGGUAGAGACUAAAGUCCAUGCUUUACUGCAAAAAAUUUGAUGGUUAACUGUGAACUGUAAACUGUAAACUCACUCAGGAGCCAGCACAACCUUCAGUGGGGCAGUAUUUGCACCGUUCAUACUGCAGUCGGGCAUGGCGGAAUUGGGGAAAUUUGUGAGACUGCUCCUGAUCGAUUUUACAGUAAUGGGAAGCCUGCUUUUGUGUAACUUCCAUAGAUGAAAUGAGAUGUAUGGUUGCUGUAGAGUUUAUCCGUGGUUCAGCUUUAUUGGGAUAAUCCAUCGACUCCCAGCUUGCUGCUAUCAAGCUCCAGCAUGUUCCUGUCAAAGUCCCAGAACUGUUAGAGUUCUUUGAUAGAGUAACGAUUAAUAACAUAGUUUUUGAAGAUGUAACCUCAAUCUCCCCAAUCCGUACUACUAAAUUUUCAUAAGUGCUAUUGUUCCCGCACAGUCCCUGUAGGUUUUUGGUUGGUUAGCCUAAAUGAGAUGGCAGCACUGCAUUAAAUUCAACGAAGACACAGCCCUGAUAUUUGGUAAUGCUCGUUAUUUUUAAAUGAAACUUUUCCCGAGCUAAUUAGUUGGGAUCCGGGCCACACGGUGUUUACCGGUGCUGGUCAGGAGAUGAUGGAUUACCCUCAUUAAUAAAUUAGCCUGUGAUAGGUAUGUGUACUUUCUGGUGGUGGAUGGUAACAUUUUGAUUUAAUGUGCUGUGUAAUUGUGUGAUGAAUAUUAUAUAUAUUAGCAUAAAAUUU